GUAGCUUCGCGGUGACACCGUUCCCGUUUUGAGCGUACCGCCGGGGCUGCGAAGGUUACCGAUUACCUUUGCACAGACCUUGAGGCGACGGCUCUGAUACUCUCCGACUCCCCGACGUGACUCUCGAGUAUGGCCACCACCUUGAAUCUGGCUCUGGCGCUCUCGUGCAGCAUUAUGUUUUUGUGGUGUAUAAACCGGGUCCGACGCGCCCGUGGUCUUCCCCCGGGUCAGCCAAUCUCCUCAGGAGAUGUUGGGUGUCUGAUUUUGUCCAGGUCCUCCUGUCAUUCCAUUCCUCGGCAAUGCACAUAUGCUCGGAGAUGCCAAAACCAUGCCCAAGCAGUCAGGUUGAAUCCAAAGAACAACGAACCAGCCUCGCUCAUGCUCAAGUCAGAUUGUCGCUCUGGGCUCGUGCGUACGGGGACGUCUUUUCUCUGAAGCUCGGCUCGACAGAUGUGAUUGUCCUAACUAGCGCCACGGCCAUAAGACAGAUCAUCGACAAACCUGGAUGGGUAGGGAACUCUAGGCCGAUCCAUCUUACCGCCGGCCUCUGUGGCAUGGGACCUGACUCGAGCCUGCUCUUUCUCUCGGAUUGUGACCUCUUGAGAGACACUCGCCGGACGAUGGGUCGAUUUUUCUCCACUCAAAACUCAAUGGGUUUCCUUCCUGCACAAUCAGCGGAGAGCGUUCUUCUUUUGCGCGAUCUGAUGCUGCGCCCAGAGAACUUUUCCUAUUCAGUUCGCAGACAGACCCACUCGGUUGCCAAGAUUAUUGCGUAUGGGAAGCGCGUCAAACGCUCGGACGAUGAAGAAAUGCAGACCUUCCAUUCAUCAGCUCAUGAUUUACUACAAGCAUUGGCACCCGGGAGGUACCCGAUUCUAGAGAUGUUUCCCUGUCUGAAGCAUGUGCCUGCCUUCCUGGCACCCUGGAAAAGGGACGGGCAAGAAAUUUCACGCCUGCGAGCGGGACUUCACACCCAACUCUUCGAUUCCACUCGACUUCAGGUCGCAGCAGGAAAUGAGCACGUUAUGAACUCCUACAUCGGACAAAGCAUUCAUGCCGGAGAAACCACGCAUUUCGAUUCCUACAUGGGGAUCUCCAUGCUUGACGCCAGCUCUGAUACGACUGCAGCAUUCAUAUUAUCCUUCAUACUGGUGUUAUGUGUCUUUCCUUCGAUGCAAAGCCGAGCUCGACAAGAAAUCGAUGACGUGAUCGGACUGCGGCUUCCCGCUCUAGAGGACCUCGCUCAGUUGCCCUAUCUCGACGCACUUAUCAAGGAAACUUUGCGGUUCAAGCCUCAGUUCCCGAUGGGAGUUCCCCAUCGCAUAUCAGAAGAUGUGAGCUACAAUGGAUUUCGCAUUCCAAAGAACGCCACCGUCAUUCUCA